AUGAUAUUCGAUCCAAAUUCUAUCGAACUGCCUGCAUCGUAUGAAGAAGUUCAAACGACCGGCCAUGUAACCGUCGCCCAUCAUCCGCCAGGCGCACCAGCAGUUACUCCAGUGGUUGUGGUCACGCUGAACCGCCCAAAACAUCAAAAUGCUUUCACUGGGCAGAUGGUCCAGGAUUUUGAGAAGCUUUUUCCAAUGUUCGACGUGGACAGCCGAGUGAAGGUGGUUGUUUUGACAGGCGCUGGUAAGACAUUUUGUGCGGGCGCAGACCUUGAUAUUGGAUUCCGUGCUGGCAACGAGAGAAUGAUGGACCAUCGUGACGGUGGCGGACGAGUCGCCCUGGCUAUCCAUAGAUGCCGCAAACCAACCAUUGCAGCUAUGCAAGGAUCGGCGGUUGGUGUUGGUAUGACUAUGACAUUGCCGGCUAUCAUUCGAAUCGCCUACGAAAAGGGCAAAUAUGGAUUCGUCUUUGGCCGCCGCGGGAUCACAAUGGAAUCGUGCUCCUCAUACUUUCUUCCACGAUUGGUCGGCCACUCGAACGCCAGUUAUCUUGUCAGCACUGGGGGUGUCUUCCCGCCGGCCUCGAAACAUUUCGGCGACCUGUUCAAUGAGAUUCUCCCAGAACCGACCCAGGUGUUGCCACGCGCGCUCGAGCUGGCCACUGAUAUUUCGGAGAAUGUCAGUCCGACUUCGUCGUAUUUGAACCGAGCACUGAUGUGGCGUGAUACCGGGUCUGCAGAAGCAGCGCAUUUGGUGGAAUCGCAUGUAAUUUAUCAUAUGUUUGGGGCAUCGGACCAGAAAGAGGGGGUGGCAGCAUUCUUUGAGAAGCGGAAACCGAACUUCAGUGCUGACCUGGACGAUAACCCGCCGCCAGUUGUGCCAUGGUGGACCGAGAUUGACACUGGUCGAAGUCCGAAACGAAAGGGCACUUCCAAGCUGUGA